AUGGAUCCCUCUAAGAGUAACCCUUUGAAUUUGGAUGAUGAUCUUGUAUCUGAAACUCCUAGUCCAUCUGAAAAUGCUGCCACAAAUAAAAAAGAAGCAUCAAAUGUUUGGAAUUUUUUCACAAGAAUAGGUAAAGACAAAGAUGGAAUUGAAAAGACUUCGUGUAAGUAUUGUGGCCAUCACUACAAAGUUGGCAAAAAUCCUAAAACCAAAAAUAAUUAUAGGACUUCACAUUUAAGUCGACAUAUCUAUUCAUGUAAAAGUAUUGCAAACUUAGAUGUGGAUCUCAGUCUUGAUCAAGAAGGAAAGUUUGGGACACGGAAAAUCAAUCAAAAGGUUCAUCAUAAGUUACUUGCGAGAGCCAUAAUUAAACAUGGUCUUCCUUAUAAUUUUGUUGAGUAUGAAGGAAUUAGGGAGUGGAUAAAAUACAUUAAUCCUGAGGUUGACAUGAAAUGUAGGAACACCACUGUUUUAGAUGUGGUGAAGGAAUACAUUAAAGAGAGGGAUAAAGUUAAGCAGAUCAUGUCUAGGAUUCCUAAUAGAAUUUGUUUAACUUCUGAUGUUUGGACUACAAUUACUUUUGAGGGUUAUAUUUGCCUAACUGCACAUUUUGUCGAUGAAAAUUGGAAAUUGACAAGUAAGAUUCUUAACUUUUGUCGAAUGAAACUACCACACAUGGGUGCUGAACUAGAAAAUGUUGUAUUUGAUUGCCUAAAGCAAUGA